AGAAAGAAACGUCCUUCAGCAGUUAUCUCUUGGUAAGAAAUGACGCUGGUUUGCGCUGUUUGUAUCCUGUUGCUUCUUACCCAUGGAAUGGCAUUGAAGUGUAACCUGUGUGUUUCCAAAGGGAACAGGAUCCCCUGCACUCCAUCAGUACAGACGUGUGUUUCCCACAUGAUGGCCUGUGGAAACAUCACAUUCAGAGCUGGUUUAAUGGCUCCUCCUUCUAUCCGUUCCUGUAUAAGCUUGUCGGCCUGCUGGAGCUAUAUUCAAGCUCCAGAAGUGAUAGCUGUGUGCUGCAAGACGGACCUCUGUAACUGAGCCAACAAACCUGUAAUCAUAAACACUGAAGACUUAUCAGCUGAAUUCUGCUUUUCUGUAACCUUGGCAGUGAUUAUCUGAAAUUUGACUAAACGCUAAAAGGCUCAACAGUCAGAUGUAACAACUAAUUGUAACACAAAUGUACCAAACAGCAAUAAUAACUUUUUAAAAGUAACAAUAAAAGCAGUCAAGCAGUGGCUUUUGUGUUCCUAUGAAGUACAACCUGUACAGAAGUCACACAAAAUGAACAAACUGAGAGAUAAUGCUUUAAAAUGAGGUUUGUAGUUAAUAAUUAAUAAUAAGGGCCAUUUGAGAAUUGAAAAUUGAGAUCAGAUAAAAUACCUUAGUCAAUGACAGCAAUAAAAACUUU